AUGCCUAAAAGACAGACCCAAACUUCACCUAUUAGUGGACUGAAGCGGAAGCAACUUAAUGGAGUGAAUGGGAACAAGAGCCAAGAUGCAACAGUGGAAUAUAAUGUAUGUGCAGUUGAAACAUGGGUAGCGUUGGCGAAUUGCGCCAAUACCCUUGGACUUACCGUUGCUGCCAUAAGAUCAUUUGAAAGUGCUGCUGAACAUGAUCCUUCAAACAGUUCAGCACUUUGUGGCUUGAGUUAUUCUUUACGCACCAAUGACAUUAAUUUAAAUGAGACCUUUGGCUCUCAGAUAUCCAUAGAGAAACUCAAUAGAUCCUUGGAGACAUUUCCAAAGUUGUUAAAAGAACCAACAGUUUUCAAAGAAUUAGCAGAAUGCUAUUCUUUAAUAGGCAUGAAUGAUCAGGCACAUCAAGCUAUUCAAACUGCAAUUCAAUUAUCACCUAAUGAUGCUUUGUUAUGGCUAUUAAGUGCUCAAACUUUAAUCAGAGCUGGCGCAAGAAAUCAUGCUGCAGGCUCAUUGGCACAUUGCUUAUCUCUUCUUCCCGAUUCAUUGAGCCAAUUCUCAAGUAGUGAUGUUGAAACGGCUAGAACAGCACAUGCCGAAUUAGCUGCAAUUGCGGCAGCAGAUGGUAACAUAGAACUUUCAGUUGCAGAAUUAACCGCAACAUUGUCUUUACCAGCCCCACCGUUAUCAAGAAUCGAUGAACAUAUAGCACUUUGGUGUGCUUUGGCCACGGCUAGAGAAAGAAUAAAUGACAUAGAUGGAGCAAUUCAAGUUUGCGAAAGUGCUGAAAUGGCAGUAGGCAACUCAGAAAGGAUUUUAAUGACUCAUGCAUAUUUAUUAUUAUUGUCGGAGAAGAAGGAGAGGGCGAAAUUAGCGAUCACUUUAUUAAGUCAAAAUACUGAUUUAGAGAAAGAGAGAAGUAAUGAAAUUAAGGAUGCUGAUGGAGAUUUUUUACCUUGGUACUUAUUAGGAAAGGCUUAUUCGAUAUUGGACGAACCUAGAUUAGCGUAUGAUUCUUAUCAAGUUGCUUUGAGAAGAGCACCUAAUUCCCCAAUUACAAUGCUUGCAGUUGGAAAAUUGUACUUGGAAUUCAAACAACUACCUGAUGCUCUAGCAGCAUACUCACAAGCUUUAAGACUCCAAAUGGACGAAGGAUCACCGGCAACAGCUAUAGCCUGGGACGGCCUAAGUUGCGUCUAUGAAAGGUGCGACGAACAGUUAAUGGAUGCUUCCGAUGCCUGUGUAAGAUCUGCUGCAUCAUUUAAGGCCAUUGGGGAUUUGCGAAGUGCAGAAUUUUUUGAAGACAGAGCGAAGGCGCUCGUUGCGGCUUGUAAUAAGGAGGGAGAAAUUCCUCCCUUAAGAGAACCUCCAGACUUUUCAAGUUCAUUAUUGAGAGAUUUGGUGGCUCUUUUGCCAUCUGAAAGAAUUGCAUUUGUGCAAGGUAAUAAGCAACAGUCAAUACCAUUACAACAAGCAAAACUGGUACAACCUCCAUCGAAUCAACAGACACCUAAUCUUCAAAAUUCUUCGCCUGCCUCAACUCUGCAAAAAGGUCGUGAAUCUCAUACUCCACAGUCAAUAAUUGCUAGUCAGCCGCAGGAAGCUGUUCAAACAUCGUAUUCUAUGCAUCCGCCUUUGAAGCAAGAACAGAAGAAAUCACCAAAACAACCACAACAACUCCCACCGCCACAAAGAGGUUGGUCACCAAAUCAACCACAAUAUUUUUAUCAACUGGGAUCAUUUGUACCUGGUCAGCUUCCACCCAUCCCUGGACCGCCACCACCACCUUUACAUCAACAGCAUCCUUCUCAUGUACAAAGGUCGCCGUUAGCAAAUCCAAUGAUACCGAAUGCUGCGUAUCCAGUUGUUCAUACUGAGGGACCCCCACCCGGUUAUCCUUAUCAACAAUACCUUCCGAUGCAGGGAGGUGUCGUUACACACCUUCAGCAAUACGCCCCUCCAAUUAAUAAUUGGAAGAGGUGA